AUGAACGUAAUCACGUUCCCAAGCACGCUUCCAUCGGCAAAAGAUAGCUUUUUUCCUCGGACGAAAAUGGGAACGAUAGGACUGAACGGCGUAACGAGAGAAUGAAAAUUUACAUUGAAUCGGAUUAAUGAUAGGUUUGUUGUUUCUUAGCUAAGCGUGUUUUUGACACGUGAUAUACGCGAACAUUGUGCUUUACUAGAUAAAAAACAAACACUGUACUGUGAGCCAGCUUUAUUUGAGAAAAUAGAGGCCUACGCAUCGUUAGCAUACCACCAAUAUGUAUCCCUCCUGGGGAAAUUACGGCGGUGGCCAACACCAGCCUCCUCCCCAGUCACAUUUUAGCGUAAGACCGUCGCAAUUACGGGCACCGCCACCGACUGGAGGGGGGUUCGGUGGGUUUGGAAUGUCUACAACCGCCCCGGCCCAGUCCAACUUUUCCAGUUUGCGGGAGCAACAUCUUCAGCAAAUGCAGCAACUGCAGCAGCUUCACCAAAAGCAGCUCCAAUCGGUUCUGCAUCACAACAAUGGACCGUACAGCGCUCCUCCUCCGGGGCCUUGGCAGAGCAGCGGCCCAGGAUUUUCGAACAUGAGUCCCGGUGGUCCCAGCGCUCCUUCUCCUUCUAGUUUUCAGGAACACCAGCCCCUGAGGGUUGCGCCCGGGCCUCCACCACAGCAACCGCCGCCUCCACAGCCAGUGCAGCAGGCGCAAGCCGAAGGACAGCGCCCGCCACCUGAACCAGUACCGCCGACAGUACCUCAAAACGGUUCUAACACGGAACUACCACCACCACCAACAAACAAACAAGAGGCUGUAAUACCAAAUGAACUGGACCAGUUCAUCCAACAAGACGAGGAGAAACCAGACUUUUCCUCUAUGUCAUUGCAGGAGCAGCAACAGUACUGGUACAAACAGCACCUCAAGAAUUUGCAGAGGUUAAAAAAUGAAAAGGCAAAACAGAAUAGAACUCAAGGGGACAGUCAGCUGCCCCCUCCCAGUCAAACUUCGGCAGCCCCCCCUCCGCCAGUGGAGCCCCCCAAAAAUGCACCUCCACCACCUCCUCCUACAGAUGAGCCUCCACCCCCACCACCACCGGAUGACUCUAUGCCCGGUAUCGGCUCCGCAUCGGGGGACCCCGCAGAAGCCGCGCGCCUGCAGCAGCUGCAAGCCGCAGCCGCGCAGUGGCAGCUGACGCAGCAGCAGCGCGCAGGCUUCCAGUACCAGGCUCUCAUGCAGCAGCACGCCCAGCUGCAACAGAUCCUGCAGCAGUACCAGCAGUUCAUUCAACAGCCUGCACAUCUGCAGACCAUGCCCCUGGACAUGCAGCUGAGGCAUUAUGAGGUGCAACAGCAGCAGUUUGCCCCCGUGUACCAGGAGUGGGACCGGCAGUUCCGGAUGUGGCAGGAGCAGUUUCAGACUUACCCGCACAAGGACCAGCUCCAGGACUACGAGUGCCAGUGGAAGCAGUGGCAGGAGCAGAUGAAGUCCACGUCUGCCCACCUGCAGGAGCGGGUCACCACGCUCCGUGCCAUGCAGAGCCAGUAUGGCAGCGCCCCCUUUGGGGGAAUGAUGGGUAUGGGGCAAUACGGGCAGUACCGCCACCCAGUCCCAGACACCCAGAUGCCAUCACCCCACGUGGCACCCUCUCAAGUUCCCACUCCGAAAGUGGAGCCGCCCCCUCCUUCAGCGUCGAUGGCACAGGCUCCACGGCCCCCGAUGCCUCCAGGGCAACAGGGCCCUCCGGGGCCUCACAGUGCUCAGGGCCCUCCGGGGCCUCACAGUGCUCAGGGGCUUCAGGGGCCUCCGGCUCCUCAUGGCUCUCAGGGACCUCCGGGGCCUCCAGCCUCUCAGGGGCCUCCGGCUCCUCGUGGCUCUCAGGGACCUCCGGGGCCUCAAGCCUCUCAGGGACCUCCAGGGCCUCAUGCCAUGCAGGGCCCUCCGGGGCCUCACGGUCCUCGGGGCCCUCCAGGCCCUUAUGGCCCCCUGGGCCCCACUGCUGUUCCUCGCACCCCAGCUCCGGCCACCACAGAACCCCAUAGCACACCCUCCACAGCCUCUGGGCCUGCGCCUCCCACCACGUCUGCCUCCCAGGUGGCUUACUCUGCCGCUGGACCCCCUGUUCGAGGGGCUAGGCCCCCUGGACCACCGCCACACUUUGAGGGCCCAAGAGGACCAAGGUUUGAUGGACCCAGAGGAAAUGGUUUCCAAAGGUUUCAGCCGCCACCGAGGUUUAACCCACCACAGCGAUUUGAGCCGCAUCAGAGGUUCGAUCAGCCCCCUAGGGGAAACCAGCCCGGCCAGUUUGGAGCUCCAGGAAGGUUUGAGCCUCCGCCAAGGCCUGGUGCCCCUCCCCGCUUUGAGAGACCUCCUGGGCCCCAGCCACCUCCCAGAUUCACCCCCCCUCCCAAACCCGAUCCCGCCUCAGAGAACAAGCAACAGAUGGAAAAAGCCCCCACACCUACACACCCUCAGACUAAAGACAAGCUUGCCGAGACUCCCCAAAUGCAGGUGGAUGAUAAAACAGGCACCAAGAAUACCCAAGAAGUCCUGUCAGAUGACAUCCUGGAAUCAAGUGAUGGAUUUUUCAUCCAGAGUGACCCCAUUCCCCAGACCUCUGUCAAGACUGAUACGCAGAACAAGCCUGAAGACCAGAGCAAGGAAGUGGCUGACAAGGCCAAACUCACUCCAGAGGCAACUAAGACGUCCAUUGAGCCUCCUGCCCUGCCGAAACAGCCUCCGGGCAACAGCAACACAAACUCUUUAAACCAAGCCAAACCUCCUGCGAACCACAGCACCGCACCCGGGCCGCCCCAGAAGCCCCACCCUCCACCCGGGCCGGCUCCCCCCGGGCCAAGAGCGGGCAUGCCCGAGCCUCCACACGGGUUCCUCCACCAGGAGCACCCACCAAUGGGGAUGCCGGGGAUGCCUCGCGGGAGGGGGCGGGGCCAGAUGCCACCUCCCCCGGGCAGGGGCCGUGGACGAGGCCUCCCCAGGGGACCGAUGGGGCCCCCGCGCGGGUUCAACUCCGGGCCCAAUCCGCAGGCGGAGGGGAUGGAUUACGACUACGCGCCCCCGCAUGGGGACAGGAUGCAGGGGGAGGAGGAGCCGUACGAGUGGCACGACCCGCCUUUCGACGGGCCAGGUGGGAUUCACGGGAGGAGGCCGCCGCCACCACCACCGCCACCUCCGGAGGAAGAGAUGUGGGGCGGGGAGGAGGAGGAGCAAUACCCAGAAGAGUAUUACGAAGAGCCUGGGAUGCGAGGCCCUCCUCCGGGGCGUGAGCCCCUGGAGCACCCUGGAAGGGAGAAACCCUGGGAGGAACCUGAGCCUGAGUACUGGGAAGAAGAGGGAGAUCCGUACUGGAGAGAGAAGAGGCCCCCGGUACGCCACGGGCCCCCGUUCUUCCACGAGGAGCACAGACGCCCUCCCCCUCCCCCGCCGCAUGCGUUCAGGCACCCCGGUCCCAGGAGGCCCCCUUUCGCUCACGAGGAGAUGGAGCACAACCUGCGCGGGCCGCCCCUCCAUCACGACGCCAUGGAACGUGACCCCAUGGGCCCACCCCUGCACCCGGACCACGGGCCCCGCCGGGGGCCCCCCAUGCAUCCGGACAUGAUGGAGAGAGACAUGAGGCGCCCCCCUCCUCCUCCUCCUCCGCGAGAGAUGAUGGAGAGGGACCACAGGGGGCCGCCCCCUUACCACCGCGAGCCGAUGGACAGGGACCCGGCGUGGACCCGGCCCCCGCCCCCGCCCCACGACAGGGAGUCGAGGCGACCGCCGCUCCCUCACGAGAUCCUGGAGAGGCGCGGGCCUCCGAGCGUGGGUCACGAAGGCAUGCGCCGCGGGCCCCCUCCCCACGACGGCCCGGACAGAGACGCGUACGAGCAGGGUUACGGCGAGGAGUUCAGGCCUGAGGACGAGGAGUACCGGAGGCCGCCCCGCGACUACCGGCCCCGCGAUUACAACCAAGAGGGCGAGUACUACCCCCCCCCGCAGGGCGAGUGGGACGGCGAGCGCCGCGACUACCCCCCGUACCCGCCGCGAGGGCCCGCCGACCGUUUUCGGGACGACCAGUGGUCCGAGGAGCAGGAGAGGCCGUACCCUUACGAGGGCGAGCUUCGCGAGAGGGGCGAGAUGAGGGCGCGCGAGUACCCGGACGAGCCCCGCUGCCAAAGGGAGGAGCCCCCGUACCCGCCCCCGGCGGAAUGGGACAGGCCGCUGCCGGAGAGGAACUUCCCUCACAGCGUGGCGGAGCAAAGGCCCCCGUACGAUGACCGCGCGGAACCCCCCGCGGACCUGCCGCCGCCCGCUGCCCCGGUACCGAACGCUAACCUGACCCAAACUCCUCCGCUGGACCAGACGUCCCCUGGAGCUGGGAAAGGCAUCCUGGCGCUUUCUCAAAGGCAGCAUGAGAUCAUCCUGAAAGCUGCCCAGGAGCUCAAAAUGAUCAGAGAACUCCAGGAGAAUAAAAACGCUAUGGGCGACUUCCUUAAACCUGAGACCGCAGAGGCACCGCCUGAGAUCCCGCCAGGCCUGCUGGGAUUGGAGAUUUCUCCAGAAGUGAGGACCGCCCUUCAGGCCACCAACCUCCUGUCUGAGACCGGCCAGGCCCCUGCAGGUGCCAUGGGGGCGUGGGAUGCAGGCGGCCCGCUCCCCGCCUCCGACCCCGCUUACCCGAUGGCGCCAGCACCUGGGAUGGAGGGGAAGCACCUGGCGUUGCCUCCCCCAACAAAACCCACCAUCAUCUCCAAGACCGUGGAUUACGGCCACGGCCACGACAUCGGAUCGACGGUGGAACGGAUCUCGUACGGCGAAAGGAUCGUGUUGAGGCCGGACCCGCUCCCCUCCGAGAGGGCGUAUGAGAAAGAACCCCUCGGCCCGAGAGAUCCCUACGAGAGAGACCCUUAUUACGACAGACGGCCCGAUCCGUACAUGGACCGCCGCGACUACGGCCGGGACCGGGACAGGGACCUGUACAGGGACAAGCCGCCCAUGGACUACGAGAGGGAGCGCUACGAGAGGGAGCGCUACAUGAGAGAUGAGAGGCUGCCCCCAGGCCCCCCACCUCGCCCGGGCGGCUACAGGGAGAGGGAGAUGCGGAACAGCCGGGACCGGGAGCGGGAGGGGCGCAGCAGCCGGGACAGGGAGGAGCACUACGGCAGGCCCGGGUUCGACCGGCCCCCGUACGACCGCGGGCCUGAGCGCCCCGGUUACGACCACGGCCCCGCAGCCUACGGAAACGAUAGAAGGCCAUACCCCGAAGAGCGACUUCCUGUUCCUGCUCCAUCAUUGCCGCCACCGCCGCCCCCUGCCCCCCGGAGGGUUGAGAAGAAACCGGAGAUGAAGAACGUGGACGACAUUUUGAAAAUGCCAGGCAGAGAGAGCCGACCGGAGAGGAUUGUCAUUAUAAUGCGGGGACUUCCAGGAAGUGGCAAAAGCCAUGUGGCAAAACUGAUCCGGGACAAGGAAGUGGAGUGUGGUGGUGCGCCCCCUCGGGUCCUUGGGCUCGAUGAUUACUUCAUGACAGAGGUCGAAAGGGUAGAGAAGGACCCUGAAACAGGAAAACGAGUCAAAACGAAGGCCUUGGAAUAUGAAUAUGAGCCAGAGAUGGAAGAAACGUAUCGCAACAGUAUGCUCAAGACCUUUCGGAAAACACUGGACGAUGGCUUUUUCCCUUUCAUCAUAAUCGAUGCGAUUAACGACAGAGUUAAAUACUUUGAUCAGUUCUGGAGUGCCGCCAAAACCAAAGGGUUCGAGGUGUACUUGGCUGAAAUCACCGCUGACAACCAGACUUGUGCAAAGAGAAAUGUCCAUGGACGAAAGAUAAAGGAUAUUGCGAAGAUGGCUAGCAACUGGGAGCCAUCUCCUCGUCACAUGGUGCGACUGGAUAUAAGGUCCCUGCUGCAAGAUGCUGCCAUAGAGGAGGUGGAGAUGGAGGAUUUUAACCCAUCGGAGGAGGAGCAGAAGGCGGAGCUAAAGGAAGCCGCCACGGAGGAAGAGGAAGGGGAUCUGGGUUACAUUCCAAAAAGCAAAUGGGAGAUGGACACUUCAGAGGCUAAACUGGACAAGCUGGACGGACUGGUGAGCGGCGGAAAGAGGAAGCGGGAUUCUGACGGCGCGGCGGGCAUGGAGGACUUCCUGCAGCUCCCCGACGACUAUGCCACCCGCAUGUCAGAGCCGGGGAAGAAGAGGGUGCGGUGGGCGGAUCUAGAGGAGAAAAAAGACGCCGAUAGAAAGCGCGCUAUUGGCUUUGUAGUGGGCCAGACAGACUGGGAGAAAAUCACCGACGAGAGCGGACAACUCGCCGAGCGAGCCCUCAAUCGCACAAAGUAUUUCUAAGAAAAAAUAUUUCAGAGAAUUGUCUUUCGGCUAAUGAAGAUACCUGACAGUGAAAACAAAACCCUGGUUAAUAGAAGCAGGAAAAACAGCUUUUGUUUAAAAUAGUUUUUAUUCCCAUCAUCGGAUUCAUGGACACCCAGAAAAGACGUCAUUGUCUUCAAUUCUUCCAAGAUUUAGUUUUCUCAUUUCAUGCACUGUUGAUAAAUCCCUGUGCCUGUGAUCCGAACAGCUUCUCCUGCUAGGUGUGCUUGUUCAUUUUUUAUAUCCUUCUGUACUGUUAUCUUGUGAGCACUAUUGUUUAUUUUAACUUUAAAAGGAAACAAUAAAAGUUUCACCAGAACCUUCUAGACAA